AUGGCCCCUAUCCACGUCGGCGCCCUCGUCUUCAACUACCAAGCCGUCGACGUUAUUGGCCCCAUCGACCUACUUAACUCUGCCGGCAAGGCUCUCUUGACCUCUCUCACCCAGUAUACGACACUGAGUCCCAAAACGAUAGCCAAGGCACCAGAGUUUGUGUUUCACCAUAUCGGCGAGACUCUGGAUCCGGUGGCCCUCACCGCUGGGGUUACUCUCGUCCCGACAACUACAAUCAACGAUGCCCCCGAGCUCGACAUUCUCUUAAUUGGAGGAGAUAGUCCCAUUCGCUCCAAUAUCCCAGAGAGCUACAAGGAGUUCAUUCGACGCCAUGUCGCCGGCGGAAAGCUCUUAUUCACAAACUGCACAGGUGCGGCUGUCGUUGCACAGACUGGGGUGCUUGACGGGAAGGCUGCGACGGUGAAUAAGAUUGAGUUUAAUUGGAUAAAACAGAGGUAUCCGGCUGUCAAGUGGACCAAAGCCAAGAACUGGAUAGUAGAUGGAAAUAUCUGGACGGGAAGCGGUGCGGUAGCGGGCAUGGACAUGGUUGCGCAUUGGAUCAAGGAGAAUUACGGUUUGGAUGUUUUGACGGAGGCUGCAAGAGGUUUGGAUUUCGAGCCUAGGGACGUCAACGGGUUAUUUACUGUGUUGCCACCACGAUUCGAUGCUGAUGGAAAGAGGAUUGCCUCGCAUGUUUUCCCUUGA